GAGAAAGGCCACAGACCCACCAAGACGCCGACAGAUAAGGGGGCCCUAGCUGUUCGGAACAGCACUGCUUGCCCUGACGAAGACCCGACCACUUGGGGAGAUAGGAGGCUGAACAAAUAGCUCACUGCUCUCAUCUCACAACCUGCUUUGAUGUCUCGACCAGGUUGGAAUUGAACAAUAGAGUAAUUGCCAAAAAAAAUUAAAGAAUCAUCCCAGAAAAAAAGAUUUGCAAACUCGUGGGCUCGAAAGAUAUUUGGAUAUAUUUCAGAAACAGAAAAUACAAAACAGAACAGAUUUUACAAAAAUAAUAAAACUUGUGUUUAAAGAAAAGAUGAGAACUAGCUCUCCUGGCUAGACAUUGUUUUGACUGCGGAAGUUUGUCCUACUAUAUAGAUACGACCGGAGCGCUCCCAUCCUGAGAAUCUGCGAGUGAACUGCAUCGAAAAAGUGACAAGAUUUUAAACUUCAUACUUGUGGUCGCUUCCUAGUACUUCUCAAAAACAUCUAAAGUUCUAGUGUUCAUAAAGAGAUGAUCAAGAUGUCUCGCGCUCACAACAGCCUCCUGCCUCCUGUGAAAGUGUUGUGUCACGUCUGCAAGAUCGCUCUUCUCUGCCUACUUGUGGUCAGUAUUCUUUUCUCUGAAGUCGCAUGUGGCACUGGCGAAAAUAAAAAAUCUUCAGCACAGCCGCGGAGGGACAGACGAAGUGUUGGCCAGCAGAUACCUGACCGGAGCUUGAACGACAUCAUUGACCAGUACGAGUCAGACAAUGGGGACGUUGACCUUCUGCAGUACACGCCCACCACCCCGCGGCCCCAGGACGUCAACUGCUUCGUUGAGGUGCCCGCGACUCAACGAGUUGGUGGCCGAUGCGUACCUCUGGGCGCUAGUAUGGGCUGCCAGGCUGGCGUUUACCUGGCGUUCAACUCCGAGUGCCAAAAUCUGGCCGACGCCCAGAGCGCCAGCAGAGACGUCACAACGGUCCAGGACUUCACACGACAGCGCAGGCGCGGGCCAUCGAGGCGGCGACGUCUGAGGCAACUGCGCAGGCGCACUUUCAGUCGUAGAAGGGAUAGCUAAAGGAAUCGAUACGCUCACUGCUCGUGCACCUCUGAGGGAAGGACGUUUGAAAGCAGAAAACAAUCAGCCAUUUACAAGAAACACACGAACAAUCGCUGUAUUCAUAAUGAUCAUUGCAGGCUAUUUGCACUCAUUUUCAUUAAUUAACAUUAAUUGUUUCAACGUUUUUUAUUUUGUAAAUGCACACCCUAGGCCCUAUUAACAGUACGGCAUAAUUCGUUUGAUCAAAUUUAUUAUUGUCGAAAUCAAAUUAUUUGUGUUUGCUUUAUGAUUUCAAAACUAUAUUAAAAGAAGAGUAUUUCUUGUCUA